AUGGACGGACAUGAUCCCGAGCGCGACAGCGCACAGGUCGGGACGGACUCUAUACGCCCACCACCGCCACCUCCCAUGAACGACCUCCACUCGCUCUGUCAGCGCGGCGAUAUUGCGGGCUUGCUCGCCCUGCAAAGCGCAGAUCUAACUCUCGACUACUCGUCCCGAGACGCGCAGGAUGUCACCCCUCUCCACUGGGCGUCGAUCAACGCGCAUAUUGGGGUCUGCAGGUGGCUGCUGGAUAGCGGGGCGGAUGUGGAUGCGGUGGGAGGGGAGCUGAAGGCGACACCGCUGCAGUGGGCAGCAAGGAACGGGCAUCUCUAUGUCGUCCACCUGUUGCUCAGUCGAGGGGCAGACCCCAAUAUCUUGGACGCUCAGGGCUUCAGCACCUUGCAGCUCAUCACACACUCCAGCGCUGUCAUGCCUUUGCUGUAUAUGCUUCACCAACCUGUUGCUAUCGACGAAAAAGACUCGGAUGGGCACACUCCCUUGAUGUGGGCGGCAUAUCAGGGCGACGCCAUCUCGGUCGACCUGCUUAUACGACAUGGAGCUUCUACACUGGCGAGGGACAAUGCUGGAAUGACACCACUACAUUGGGCGGCGGUCAAGGGGUCCAAGGCGUGCAUCCAGCACCUGGUAGCGGCGGGCGCAGAUCUGGCAGCCAAGGAGGAUCAAGGCAAGACGCCAAAGGACAUGGCUGAGGAGCUCAAGGGGUCGAUACCGUUCAAUCGGGCUCUUGAGGAGGCGGGGUAUGCGGGAGGUGUGGCGGUGGUGCCCAAGAUGACCGAGCGAAAUACAAAUAUCGCCAUCUUUGUCCUGCCCACCGUCGUCCUUGGUGUGAUCUUCAAGUCCUUCUCGCUUCUCCCUGGUUACAUGAGCUACCCUCUGGCGUUCUUGGAGUUCUGGUUGAUGCAAUAUAUCGUCGUCAGAGUCCUUCUCCGCCAUCGACCCGAAGAGAACAGGGUGACCUCGUCGCCCUACUUUGCAGCUAUCAUACUCGCCAGUAUGGUUUGGGUCGGCUGGUGUUGGGCAACCAAGCUUGUGCGAGGCGCUAUGGGCUAUCCCUUCCUCCAUUUUGCCUUCUUCAUGUCAUUUGCCACAUGCGUUGCGGGUUUCUAUAACUCUGUCCGGUCAGAUCCUGGCUUCGUACCAACAGCCACCGAUGCGGACGUCAAAAUGGCUUUAGAAGAACUGGUCGAGCAGGGACGUCUAAACGGGACAAACUUCUGCGUCGAGUGCCUGUCUCGUCGCCCUCUCCGAUCCAAGCACUGCCGACAAUGCAAGCGCUGUGUCGCGCGCUUCGACCAUCACUGCCCUUGGGUGUGGAAUUGCGUGGGAUUCCGGAAUCACCGACACUUCCUCAUCUUCAUCCUAGCUUUAAUAUCUGGGAUCUGUCUGUUCGACUAUCUUGGUGUAGCAUAUAUUCUGGAGAACGCUCCCGAGAUGGACCCGCCCGGACCCGAGCCUAGUCUCUGCAGCAUCUCUGAGACCCUCUGCCGCGCUGCCUCAUACGACUCCUUCCAACUAGCAGUGAUGUGCUGGGCGACACUCCAACUCACCUGGACAUCACUCCUCGCCGUCAGUCACCUGUGGCAGAUCUCCCGCCAGAUGACCACAUUCGAAAUCUCCAACCUCGGUCGAUAUGGUUACAUGGGCGGCCGAGGAGGUGCAUCUCUGCGAGACCAGAGCGGAGCUAUGAAGCAAGCGACCAGUAUCGGAGCCGGCAUCGGACCCAGCGGUGCCGGCGAGGAGGGGACAGGUGGCAUGGUCGUAUCGCCCGAUGGCAUGGCGGCGGGUCAUCAUCAUUCGCACCGAGGAGGCGGUGCGAUUCGGGCUAUAUCGGGGCCGCUGAUGAAGGUGUUGGGGUUGGAUCGGUUUACCAAGGGCAAGGCGGUGAGCGGGAUGCGUAGGGCAGGGAAGGAUCAGAACCCGUUUGAUCUUGGAAUCGUCAAGAAUUGCCAGGACUUUUGGUCGAAUCAGGCAAUAGACUAUACUCGGGUAUACGAUAUACCUCCGGAAGGGUGGCCUGCGUAUCGACGCCGAGCAGCGAUGGAGGGAGGGGCUAGCACGGCAGGGAAGAAGGGAUAUCAGCCUGUUAAUAGCUCGGCCGAGGACCAGGUCUAG